CCAGACAUACUUUGUAACCCAACGCUUGUGAUAAGGGCAAUAUGUAAUUUGUGUAACGGAAAAUGAGAUUACAAGAAGGGACAAAACUUUUUCUCAUUUGUCUCUAUAAUGCUGUAAUAAUUUGUGCUCAGGACCCGAAUGCAUUUCCGAUGUUUCUGAUUAAAACGACACUAAGUCCAAUCUUACAGGAGAAAAUGGAAGUCUGUCGUGGAAAUUGUGGGGAUAAAUAUUACACGUGUGCUGUAACCAAAUGUGAAAAUGAAGCGUGUGAAGACAUGUGUCUUCUCGUGUUCCGGUCCUGUUACAAUGACUGUGAUCAACGAAGGCCCCCUAGCAUUGGACAACUUCAUGCGAGACCGUCACCCAUAGAUUCUUAUGUCAUUCGACAAUAA